AUGACGUGCAUAUGGCACGGUCGCCACAAGCUCGUGUCGAUGAUUGUCCCGUCGACGUCGCACCCGAGUUACCGCCUCCGAUCUCUGACUCGAUUGCUGCACCACGGGCACCUCGUAGUUCCCGAAAAGUACUUUGUGCCGGUGCACUACCCGGUGCACUUGUACGGCAUGUGCCUCGGAGACGUUGUCGCUGCGAUGCGCGCGACGACCGACGCACUCUCGCCCGAGCAGGAGGUCGCCCUCGAAGCGAUUGGGUUUCCUUGGCACCCUACGCACGCGGUCCUGCGCUGCUUUCUGCGGUACCCGGGCGAAAUCAGCAUGGUCACGCGCCUCAUGCCGUUGCAGACCGUGUUCCAAGCACUCCUCGCAUUUCGUCGCCUCUUUGGCCCCGUCGACAUUCUGCCUGGCUUUGUCGUCCCGGCCGACCCCCGCAUGUGGCCUGCGCCGACGCAUCACCUGGUCCUUCCGAGCGCUGUCGCGGCGCUCCAGGCCCGCUUUUACGAGCUCAAUGAUGUCGACGUCAAGUGGGCGCGAACGCUCGACGUGGCGCGCGACCUGCCCGACUUUGACGUCGUCGUCGCGCUGCUGCGCUUGUACCGCUCCACGUCUGGCACGUGCGCGGUGGCCCGCGACUUUUCCGUGCCAAUGGUCGGCGGCGAGUGGCCGCGGGCGUGGCGCGGCUUGGCGCUCGGCGACCUCGCGUGGCGACUGGGCUUAAAAGUGUGGGCCCUCGACACGCGCAAGGCGGUGCAACUGCGAGCCACCGGCAUCGUCUUCAACGUGGACGAGACGUGGGCGCGCAUCGUGACGGGCUUGCAAAUGUACAAGAAGCUCUUUGGCUCGACGUCUGUACCGCCGACGUACAUGGUGCCUUCGACCGCCGCGUGGCCACCGCAUCUGCACCGUAUGGCACUCGGGCACUGGACCGCGGUACUCGAGUCCGCGUGGGAGCUGCGGCUGCUGCCUCGAGUGACGCGGGCGACCAUUGAUGCGCUGCGAGACACGAAGGAUGACCGUAGCACUCGGCUGCCGUGGUCGCUGCCAGCAACACCAACCAACGAUGCAAUCGCCGUCUCUUCGCCUCGACGGAUCGUGUCGCCAGAAUCGUCGCCGGCGGCCAAGACUGUGGUGAUGGUGCCCGACGACAGCAGUGGCGACGAUGCAGGCGCCCCUUGGGAAGACGACCAGUUCCAGUGUCUCACCGCCGCGCCGCCCAUCGAUUGCUUGGCCGAUCCGGCCGACUGGGUCGUCUUUGCACGUGCGCUGCAGAUCUUUUCCCGUGACCACGGACAUGUGAGCGUUCCGUUCGACUAUAGCACGGCCGAUCAUGUGCCGCUCGGUCACUUGGUGCAGCAGCUGCACAACGGCCACGUCGUGCUCUCAAACGCACGGCAGGCCGACCUCCACCAGCUGCACCCUGAGCUCCACCUGCCGUCGUCGUAG